GUCGCGAUUUCGGGCGAAACCUUGUCCUGCCCUUGAGAGUGACUAACGAGGCACAAAUAUCUGCGAGCUAAGGAAGGGUGGCUCCUUUCUGGUCUUCGCAGAUAGGCGCCACGCACAGAACAUAACUCUAUCCACCGAACGAAGCACAACAGCUGCCCACCCCCCCCCCCCAGGAGGAAGAAGAAGACGCCGACUAGUGCGGACGUGGAAAGAUCGGCUCCCGCUUUCGUAAAUAUUUUCGGUCUGCUUUUUGUGUCACCUACCGCGGAAAUGCACGCCAUUCGACACGGUUUCUUCUGAGGACUUCCUUCGGUGAGUGGCCUUUGCGCGGAAACCGUGGAACUUUUUGUGUAGACCACGCCGCGGCGACGCUAGGCGCGGGUAGGCUUAGGCCUAACCCGACGAAGAGGGGCAUUAUGCCCGAAGUAGAAAUGGUGGUAGGAGAAGAAAUCUCCUCCGAAGAAGCCAACAGCCCAGGCUGGACGACAGCGUUGGGCAAGAACAAGAAAGCCCGGCAAGAAACACCAGUUUCAACGAGCAAGAGAGCUCACGUGGGCUCGAAGGGUGGCUGCCGCACGGCUGCCCCGCAAGGCGUGUUGCAACGUCUCGCAGCCUCGUCGAGGCUCCCCAGACUACCUAGGGAGCACAUACGAAUUAUUGUCCGCCCAAGGGGCGGGCUUGACGUCAAAAAGAUAAGCCAAAUCAAGCUGGCUCAAGCCUUGGCCAUGGCGGCUGCACUAGCCCCCACAGAAACUGAGGGCGACGUAAUCUGCCCUAAUUUCACUCAAAACGUUCUCGUCGUAUCCACCCCGGAGAAGAAGAACGCCGCCGCUUAUGCAGGAAUCCAGCAAAUCCGCAUAAGCGAAGGACUGUACAAAGUGGCCGCAUACAUAGCGGCCCCAGACAACACCUGCAAAGGGGUCAUACGAGGGGUCGACGCAGACAUCAGCGAGGCCCAACUCCAGCGCAUGAUCGUCAACCAUCGUAACCCGAAGGCUCUGGAAGUCAAACGAAUUAAGACCACCACCACAGUGGUUGUCCUCUUCGACGGCAUGAAAGUGCCUAACUACGUCAUGUGCGGCGUCAGCCUUCUGCGCUGCACGCUCUACAAACGCCAAACCGAGGUGUGCUACGCGUGUGGCGGCUUGGGACAUCGCGCGGACGUCUGCCCCAACCCCACCAAUGUGGAUUGCCGGGGCUGCGGACUAAGCUCACCACCCGAUGACCACCAGUGUUCGCCGAAGUGCGCCCUUUGCGGAGGCCCGCAUCUUACGGCGGACAAAACGUGUAAGCAGCGCUUUCAAGUCCCAUACGUCGUACGCAGACGCCGACGGCGCCGUAAGCGCGCCAACAACAAGCACCAGCAGCAACAGCUGGCCAAGGAGAACAGGCCACGUGGCUCCAGCGCGGCGGGAGCCCCCAGGAGGGAGCGCUCCGUCACGCCCUCUGGUCGACAACGCAGCCUCUCCAGAGGGCGCUCUCGUUCCCGAGGGCGCUCUAACUCCCGGGUUCGGAUCCAGGAAACGCCAACCUGGGCCGAUCGUGUCAAGUCGAAGCAGACGACGCCGGCUUCAAAGCUAACUCUUCGCAAGAGUUCCCCACUUCUGCGCGAGGUAGAAAACCUCAAGACCUCAAGACCUCAAGUUUCUCCUCUCGCUGAAGUUACCUAGAGAGAGAGAGAGAGAGAGCACCGGGAGAAAAGGCAGGGAGGUCAACCAGACUGCCGAGUUGGAAUCCGGAGAUCACCUCUAUAUAUAGCUUCUCGUCAUACAUCACAGCUCUGGGGCAUCGUGACCUGCAAGUCUGUCUAUAUUCCAUGUGAUUCGGCGUAGACAAAGUAAUUCUCGAAACACAAAAGUGGUUAUCCGUGUCGUGGCUUACUACAUAGUGCGUGGCAGAACAAGUAUGGCGCCUUUGGUACGCCUAUGUGCUGCAUUAUAAAUAGGACUAUAUGCGAACUUCUUAAGAAACAUUCAUUUUAUUUAUUACUAUUAGGUGAAAAUUAGCCACCGUCACCUUUACAGAGGGACUAAUUUUCUUUUGCUUACCUUCAUAUCAAUAAAAAAAAGGAAAAGAUAAAGCAGCUUUUUUUAGGUGGCACAUUACUCCCACGAAAAAAGAAAAGUUUGCGUUCAUUGAAACUUGCGAUUUAUUAUUUUAAAUUGGUUCUUGAGUAUAUAUUGCUAGUCAGUAAUUCCAGCCAUACCGUGUUCAAAGCACAUUCCCUCUAAUUAGGCAUACUAAGACUGCUACAAGUUUAGAAAUAUUAUUUCCCAAAAUCUGCCACAAAAUAGAUUGGUAUUUUCCGAGGUUUAUGGUCUCUGUGCACAAAGAAUCAAAGAAUGAAGUCAUUGAAAGCAUAGAUAAUUCUAAUUAUUUUCUUCAUUGAAAACUUGGAUUGAUCCUAAAGGGCUUAAAUUUGGCAACAUUAUGUCGAAGGAAAGGGGAAAUGAAAGUGGAAGGAGGCACAACUUGCCGCCAGUGGGAGUAAAGAAAACAUUCUUUAGCGAGAGAACCACUAUGAAAUGUAGUAGAGCCACGUAGCACAACGCGUUUAGGUAUAGACAUUCGUCCCCUAAGGAGCUAGUUUAUUUAUUUAUUUAUUUAUUUUUAUUUUUAUUUAUUUAUUUAUUUAUUUAUUUAUUUAAUACAUAUUGCAGUCUCAUGAUCCAAGUGGGUAGGCAUUUGAAGGCUGCACAUCUGUGUCCACAGCCACUAAAUUUCUAAGCAGCACAGAAAUCUCAGUGCUUGUUGUUCUUUUACUGCUACAACCUUUCUUCCUGUCCUUCUCAGUCAUCCGAGAACUUUCUUUUUUUUUUCGCGCGUAUGCAGUCUACGAACUUUCUUCGAGACUGUUUCGUUAUUUCGUUACCUCUUGUCAAUUCUUGAUAUUUUUCUUGUUCCCAUCUUUCGCAGCUGACUUCUUUUUUAAAGCAGGAAAAGCAAGUAUAUUCUCAUUUAUCCCCAAUUAAAGAGGGCGGCCUAAGAGGCACUCGGACCCACGAAGCCGUGCCAACCAGAUUAACAGCGCAGCCACCAAUUCGUCGAGGUCGGUUCCUCCCCGCGUGCGCGCUGAUCUAAGAAGGUGCUGAGGGUAACACCAGCAGUAAUAACUAAAUCAGAUAGCGUGCAUCGCGACAAGGAAGCACACUGCAGAGAAUACAAAUAGACGUAAAGUUGAGCAGUCACGUUGCAGGCUCGCGCGCACGCUAUACUUGAGGCGGGAAGGAAUAGCUCGAACAUAUGAACACCGCGCCCAUGCAGCGUGGCUAUCGGUAUUCCCCGGACAUCGCCAAGUACCGUUUCUCGUGGGCCCCUUUUCCAGACUCGCAUAAGUACCCUACCUCGCGGGUCUUUUCUACACACGCAUACGAUAGCGGUCAUCAGAAGAUUGGAAUGAUUUGUUGAAGUGGCCGUGAAGAAGGCCAUCGAUGAGAUGGGGGAGAGUUCCAAGCAAAUUCAAUUCCACGGGCCAUAAAAUUGAAUCUUCCAGCCGUGUUUGCGGCGUAGAAGAGGCGCACUUGAUGGGUUCCGCGCUCCUAUAACGUCACGGUCAUGAUCGCAAAUUUUAGGGGGGUGUUGGACUUUCACAGGCGGUAUUAGCUUUGCCUGUUGAGAGUGCUUGAAUAGCAUGCAAGCCCUCUGAUUCAAGUCCUCUUCGCUGUCUUAAUUUUCCCUACUUCAAAGUUUUUCAGGUUUCCUUAUAUCGGCAGGAAGCUGCGCUAGAUUGGAGCAAUUUAGUUAGUUUACUUUCCGUAGCAUAUAUGCCAAGGCGGCGCCAGAUAAGAAACUAAGUUUUCCUGCAUUAGUCUAUCUUAGGUUCCUAUCUCGUGUGGUGUUCUACGGAGUAUCCCGAUGCACUUAGGUCAGGUUAAGCGCAUGACCAAUUGCCGCGGUUCAGAUGAUGCGGUUGACACCAGGAUCAUUGUCGAUAAGAAAGCAAUAUCGCAUGUGUUAUGAUGAAACACUGGGUAUUAUUAGUACGAUGUGUCUAAUUUAUUUCAUUGGACCUAGAAUAGCCUAGGGCUAUGGGUCCAUUCAAAUUUUUGCUAACUCUGUGUACGCACAGAAAACAAUAAAAUGAAUUUUAAACAGCUCAAAGGUAAUUUUUGAGACGGACUUCGUUUCAAUGUC